AUGUCCUCGAAUUACGAUGUUGGCACAAGAGCGUGGCAGCCCGAUGCCACGGAGGGCUGGGUUGCUUCCGAGGUCACAAAGAAACAGGUCGAUGGCGACAAGGUGGUUUUGACCUUUCAGCUGGAAAAUGGCGAGGUUAAAGAGGUGAAGCUCACGCUGGCGGCCCUCGAAAGCGGUAAUGACGAAUCGCUGCCUCCUUUGAUGAAUCCGACCAUGCUCGAGGCCAGCGAUGACUUGACCAACCUCUCUCAUCUGAACGAGCCGGCAGUCCUCCAAGCUAUCCGGCUUCGCUACGUCCAGAAAGAGAUCUACACAUACUCCGGCAUCGUGCUAAUAGCUACCAACCCCUUCGCCCGUGUCGACUCUCUCUAUGUCCCCGGCAUGGUCCAGGUAUACGCUGGGAAACAAAGGGCAACACAGGCACCGCAUCUCUUCGCGAUUGCCGAGGAGGCCUUUGCAGACAUGAUCCGGGACAGCAAGAACCAGACCAUUGUGGUGUCUGGAGAAUCCGGUGCGGGAAAGACCGUCAGUGCUAAGUACAUCAUGAGGUAUUUCGCAACCCGUGAAUCACCAGACAACCCCGGCGCCAAGUCCAAGAAGGGCGCCGAGGCCAUGAGCGAGACAGAAGAGCAGAUCCUGGCCACCAACCCUAUCAUGGAGGCAUUCGGUAACGCCAAGACGACCCGAAACGACAACUCGUCCCGGUUUGGAAAGUAUAUCGAGAUCAUGUUCGACACGGAGACCAACAUCAUUGGCGCAAAGAUCAGGACAUACCUGCUGGAGCGGUCAAGAUUGGUCUUCCAACCCCUGAAGGAGCGGAAUUACCACAUUUUCUACCAGAUGCUUGCGGGCAUGCCCGAGGCACAGAAGUCCGAGCUUGGCCUUCUGCCGGUGGAGCAAUUCGAGUACCUCAACCAGGGCAAUGCGCCGACCAUUGACGGCGUCGACGACAAGGCCGAGUUCAAGGCGACCAUGGAUUCCCUGACGACGGUCGGCGUGAACGACGCGACCCAGACCGAGAUCCUGAAGAUGCUGGCUGGUCUUUUGCAUCUAGGCAACGUCAAGAUCGGUGCCUCGCGCAACGACAGUGUGCUGGCUCCUUCUGAACCCUCUCUGGAGAGGGCUUGCGCCAUCCUCGGAAUCGACGCGACCGAAUUUGCCAAGUGGAUUGUCAAGAAGCAACUGAUCACUAGGGGUGAGAAGAUUAUUUCCAACCUUUCCCAGGCCCAGGCUAUUGUCGUCCGGGAUUCCGUCGCCAAAUAUAUCUACUCUAGCUUGUUCGACUGGCUGGUCGAGAUCAUCAACCGCAGUCUCGCUACCGACGAGGUGCUGAGCCAGGUCAAGUCUUUUAUCGGUGUGCUCGAUAUUUACGGUUUUGAACAUUUCGCCAAGAACUCGUUCGAGCAGUUCUGUAUCAACUACGCCAAUGAGAAGCUGCAGCAAGAGUUCAACCAGCACGUGUUCAAGCUGGAGCAGGAGGAGUACCUCCGGGAAAAGAUCGACUGGACUUUCAUCGACUUCUCAGACAACCAACCCUGCAUUGACCUCAUCGAGGGCAAGAUGGGUAUCCUGACGCUGCUUGACGAGGAGUCCAGGCUCCCCAUGGGCUCGGACGAUCAAUUCGUCACGAAGCUGCACAGCAACUUUGCCACGGGCGACAAGAGCAAAUUCUUCAAGAAGCCUCGCUUUGGCAAGUCCGCCUUUACCGUGUGCCAUUAUGCUGUCGACGUGACGUACGAGUCGGAAGGUUUCAUAGAAAAGAACCGUGACACUGUACCGGAUGAGCAUAUGGCCGUCCUCAGAGCAAGCAAGAACAGCUUCUUGGUAUCGGUGCUUGAUGCUGCCGCGUCAGUCCGCGAGAAGGAUGUUGCGUCAGCGACUUCGAGCUCUGUCAAGCCUGCUGCAGGUCGGAAGAUUGGCGUGGCUGUUAAUCGCAAGCCUACCCUCGGUGGCAUCUUCCGGUCUUCGCUGAUCGAGCUGAUGAGCACCAUCAACAACACAGAUGUGCACUACAUCAGGUGUAUCAAGCCUAACGAGGCCAAGGAGGCGUGGAAGUUUGAGGGCCCCAUGGUUCUGAGCCAGCUUCGAGCUUGUGGUGUCUUGGAGACUGUCAGGAUCAGCUGUGCUGGUUAUCCUACGAGGUGGACAUACGAGGAGUUUGCACUGCGGUACUACAUGCUGGUACCGUCCAAGCAGUGGACGUCGGAGAUCCGACAGAUGGCCAGUGCCAUCUUGGCCAAGGCUCUCGGCGAGAGCACGGGAGGAGGCCAAGACAAGUACCAGCUCGGUCUGACCAAGAUCUUCUUCCGCGCUGGCAUGCUCGCCUUCCUUGAGAACCUCCGCACAACCAGACUCAACGACUGUGCGAUCAUGAUCCAGAAGAACCUGAGGGCCAAAUACUAUCGGCGCAGGUAUCUCGACGCCCGCGAGGCCAUUGUUCGCGUCCAGGCCGCUGCCAGAGCUUAUGCAGCUAGGAGGCAAGCUCAGGAGCUGCGGACCACCAAGGCCGCCACCACCAUCCAGCGUGUGUGGCGUGGCCAAAAGGAGAGGAAGAAGUUCCUCCGCAUCCGGGCCGACCUCGUCCUUGCGCAGGCCGCCAUCAAGGGUUACCUGCGCAGAAAGGAGAUCAUGGAGACGCGUGUUGGCAAUGCGGUAGUGCUCAUCCAGCGCGUGUGGCGCUCGAGAAGAUCUCUCCGGUCCUGGAGACAAUAUCGCAGGAAGGUCAUCCUCAUCCAGUCCUUGUGGCGCGGUCGGGUGGCACGCAAGGAGUACAAGACGCUGCGUACCGAGGCUCGCGAUCUCAAGCAGAUCUCGUACAAGCUCGAGAACAAGGUCGUCGAGCUUACCCAGUCUCUCGGUACUAUGAAGACCCAGAACAAGGAGCUCAAGAGCCAGGUCGAGAACUACCAGGGUCAGAUCAAGUCAUGGCAGGCCCGGCACAACGCACUGGAGGCCAGGACCAAGGAUCUCCAGGCCGAGGCCAACCAGGCUGGUAUCUCGGCGGCACGCCUUCAGGUCCUCGAGGAGGAGAUGAAGGACCUGCAGGCACGCUUCGAGGAGUCCGCCGCCAACGUCAAGCGGAUGCAGGACGAGGAGAAGCAGCUGCGGGAAACCCUGCGGGCUUCGAGCACCGAGCUCGAGGUCCUGAAGACAGAGUCUACCCGUCACGAGAACGAGAAAAACAACCUGCGCCAGCAGUUGGUCGAGCUCCAGGACGCCCUCGAGCUGGCCAGGCGCCAGGCACCCAUCAACGGCGAGAUCAACGGCAACGGUAUCCAGCCAGUGGCCAACGGCCUUAUCAACCUUGUCUCAUCCAAGAAGCCUUCAAAGAGGCGCAGCGCUGGAGCCGAGAUCCGGGAGGUCGACCGCUUCAGCGGUGCCUACAACCCUCGUCCUGUCUCGAUGGCUGUCACUGGUCGCCAGGCCGUCAUGUCCGGCUCUACCCUGCAGGGCAUUGAUAGCAUCGAGAUGGAGCUCGAGGCCCUGCUGGCAGACGAAGAGGGCCUGAACGAGGAGGUCACCAUGGGCCUGAUCCGCAACCUGAAGAUUCCUUCUCCCAACACGAACCCGCCGCCCUCCGACAAGGAGGUUCUCUUCCCCUCCUACCUCAUCAACCUUGUCACAUCCGAGAUGUGGAACAACGGCUUCGUCAAGGAGUCAGAGCGCUUCCUCGCCAACGUCAUGCAGUCCAUCCAGCAGGAGGUCAUGGCGCACGACGGCGAAGAGGCUAUCAACCCAGGUGCCUUCUGGCUCUCUAACGUACACGAGAUGCUUUCUUUCGUAUUCCUCGCUGAGGACUGGUACGAGGCACAGAAGACCGACAACUACGAGUACGAUCGGCUGCUGGAGAUUGUCAAGCACGACCUCGAGAGCCUGGAGUUUAACAUCUACCACACGUGGAUGAAGGUGCUCAAGAAGAAGCUCAACAAGAUGAUCAUCCCUGCCAUUAUCGAGUCGCAGUCGCUGCCUGGCUUCGUCACGAAUGAGAAUAACAGAUUCCUCGGCAAGCUCCUGCAGACGAACUCGCAGCCAGCCUACAGCAUGGACAACCUGCUCAGCCUGCUGAACAACGUCUUCCGCGCCAUGAAGGCCUACUACCUGGAGGACUCGAUCAUCACCCAGACCAUCACCGAGCUGCUGCGCCUGGUGGGUGUGACGGCCUUCAAUGACCUGCUCAUGCGCCGCAACUUCCUGUCCUGGAAGCGAGGUCUGCAGAUCAACUACAACAUCACCCGUAUUGAGGAGUGGUGCAAGAGCCACGAUAUGCCCGAGGGCACCUUGCAGCUCGAACACUUGAUGCAAGCUACGAAACUUUUGCAGCUCAAGAAGGCCACCCUCAACGAUAUCGAGAUCAUCCAGGAUAUCUGCUGGAUGCUCUCCCCCAACCAAAUUCAGAAGCUUCUGAACCAAUACCUCGUUGCCGACUACGAGCAGCCGAUCAACGGAGAGAUCAUGAAGGCUGUGGCAUCACGAGUCACUGAGAAGAGCGACGUCUUGCUCCUGCAGGCUGUCGAUAUGGACGACAGCGGCCCAUACGAGAUCGCUGAGCCCCGAGUGAUUACCGCGCUCGAGACCUACACGCCUUCAUGGCUACAAACUCCCCGCCUCAAGCGUCUUGCGGAGAUCGUCUCGGCCCAGGCCAUCGCUCAGCAGGAGAAACUGGAGUAUGGUUCCCAGGACGGGUACGAAAACGGUGCCCUCGAGGAAGUAGACGAGAUGCCCGAACCCAUCGAGGCCAGCGCAUAGAGUGCGCGACCUGGGUUGAGGCUGUCCACCUCCACGUUCCCUCAGCAGUCCCCACGGUCGUUUCUGCUGUCGCCGUUUAAAAAGACUGCCGACGGCAGCGACAUGACCAGGCUUGUGGGGAGUCCCUUGCGCGAUGUGACGAAUGGGAGGCGGAGGGAUGGUGUGAUGAGGUAUCAGCAUCUCCGGAGCGAGAGUCACUGAAACUGAUAAUGCUACUGCUGGUGCUGCUGGUGGUGCUGGUAGAGGGCGGAAUGGGUAAAUGAAGCCAUGUAUGAUUGCCUGUCUUGUACGUGUAUGUGUGUAUGUUGUGGAUGUUGGGGGGGCGGCUGGGCUGGUUUGACUUGACGGGGAGCGUGGACCAUUCACCGUUUCGUCAUUCAUACGCUCAUACAUACGUCCAUACAUCCGUUUGAUCCUCUCUGGAUUUUAUUUGCAUGGCAUAGUGUGGGGGGAGGGAAAGAGAUAGGAAGAGAAAAGGAAAGAGAGCAAGCAAGGAAAAUUCAAAAAGACGAUAUAUGGAUAUGAGGAUUUUCUUUUUGGGAGUUUGACUAAGCGUGCGUUAUUUCGACUGGCAGUUGAUAAGUAAUUAAUUACCC